CUUUGAGGUCACUCAAUUACUGUAGCUGCGUCAACACUCUCCACAGUCGGACACCAUCGACCCUUACACCGUAACGUGAACUCUCAGAGAAUCCGACAACACAAUGGCCGAAUCCGAGGUCAAGAACAUCAUCAGUCAGCUCGAAUCGCUGAAGGCAAAUCAGCUCAGUCAAGCACCACAUCUACUUUCACGAGCCAAGCUGGGUCUUCUGAAACUCGGCGCCCUGGUUCCAACAGAUGAAUCGACACCCCAGCAUCUCCAGCUUGCCGUUCUAGUUCUCGAGCAAGGCGCUCUCAUUAGCAUCAGGCUGAAGGAUACUGACGCAUUCACCCGAUACUACCAGCAAUUACAACCUUUCUAUGCGUUGUCCGUCUCGGGUCGGAAAGAGAAGAGCAACCAAAGCAAAGUGACAGGGCUAUACCUUCUUCUGUUGCUCAGUCAGGGCGAUUAUGCAGGUUUCCAUACUGUUCUGGAGGGUCUAGAAGCAGACGGCAAGGAGCAAGCCAGCCGCGGAGACUUCAUCCAAUAUCCUGUACGGCUGGAGCAGGCUCUUAUGGAAGGAAGCUAUGAUAAGGUUUGGGGGGAGACCAAGCGUGAGCGAGUUCCGAGUGAAGAGUUUGCAGUCUUCUCCGAGGUACUUGUCAACACUAUUCGCUCAGAGAUCGCAUCAUGUUCCGAACGAGCCUAUCCUUCCCUGCCCAUUUCGAAUGCAAAGAACCUGCUAUUUCUGGAAUCCGAGGGCGCUGUCAUUCAGUUUGCACAGUCACGCGGUUGGGCUGCUAAGGAUGGAAGAAUAUACUUCCCGGAACAGGAAGAGGAGGCUCUGGCUGCCGAGAAGGAUGUUAUGAGCAACAGCGAUGUGGUUAUUGAGAACACUCUCGGAUAUGCAAGGAAGCUGGAAACCAUCGUAUAA